UUUGUCACUGCUAAAAAUUGUGUUUUCCAGGUUAUCGAGCUCGACUUCGACCAGUUGCCAGAGGGAGACGAGGUUAUCAGUAUCUUAAAGCAGGAACACACACAGCUGCACAUUUGGAUAGCUUUGGCGUUGGAGUAUUACAAGCAAGGCAAAACAGAAGAUUUCGUCAAGCUUUUAGAGGCUGCACGCAUCGAUGGAAACCUGGACUACAGAGACCAUGAGAAGGACCAGAUGACCUGCUUGGACACAUUAGCAGCUUACUAUGUCCAGCAGGCUCGUAAAGAGAAGAACAAAGAUGCCAAGAAGGAGCUCAUCACACAGGCCACUCUGCUGUACACCAUGGCAGAUAAGAUCAUCAUGUACGAUCAGAACCAUUUGCUGGGACGAGCCUGUUUCUGCUUGCUGGAAGGAGACAAGAUGGACCAGGCUGAUGCUCAGUUCCACUUUGUGCUCAACCAAUCCACCAAUAACAUCCCUGCUUUGCUUGGUAAGGCCUGCAUCUCGUUCAAUAAGAAGGACUACAAAGGAGCGCUGGCGUACUAUAAAAAGGCUUUACGAACAAACCCUGGCUGCCCAGCUGAAGUAAGAUUGGGGAUGGGUCACUGUUUCGUCAAGCUCAACAAACUGGAGAAGGCCCGUUUGGCGUUUGGUCGGGCCCUGGAGCUGAACUCUAAGUGUGUCGGAGCCCUGGUUGGUUUGGCGGUUCUAGAGCUCAACAACAAAGAUUCAGAGUCCAUUAAGAACGGAGUGCAGCUCCUGUCACGGGCUUACACCAUAGAUCCCAGCAACCCCAUGGUGCUCAACCACCUCGCCAACCACUUCUUUUUUAAAAAGGACUACAGUAAAGUCCAACAUCUCGCCCUCCAUGCUUUCCACAACACUGAAGUUGAGGCCAUGCAGGCCGAGAGCUGCUAUCAGUUAGCUCGUUCAUUUCAUGUACAGGAGGACUAUGACCAGGCGUUUCAGUAUUACUACCAGGCCACUCAGUUUGCCUCGUCUACCUUUGUGCUGCCCUUCUUCGGUUUGGGGCAGAUGUAUGUGUAUCGUAGGGACAAGGAAAAUGCUGCACAGUGUUUCGAAAAGGUUUUAAAGGCGUACCCAAACAACUACGAAACAAUGAAAAUCCUUGGAUCUCUGUACGCAACUUCGGAUGAUCAGGAAAAAAGAGACAUCGCAAAAGGCCACUUGAAGAAGGUGACAGAGCAGUACCCAGAUGAUGUGGAGGCGUGGAUCGAGCUGGCUCAGAUCUUGGAGCAGACCGACAUCCAGGGUGCGUUGUCGGCUUAUGGCACGGCCACACGCAUCCUCCAGGAGAAGGUGCAGGCUGACGUUCCUCCUGAGAUCCUUAACAAUCUGGGAGCUCUGCAUUUCAGACUAGGAAACCUUGGAGAAGCAAAGAAAUAUUUUCUUGCAUCACUGGACCGCGCCAAAGCAGAGGGAGAGCAUGAUGAGCAUUACUACAAUGCUAUUUCUGUCACUACAUCCUACAACCUGGCCCGUUUGUACGAGGCCAUGUGUGAAUUCCACGAAGCUGAGAAACUUUAUAAAAACAUCCUCAGGGAGCACCCCAACUAUGUUGACUGUUAUUUGCGUCUUGGUGCAAUGGCUCGCGACAAAGGAAACUUCUAUGAAGCAUCUGAUUGGUUUAAAGAAGCCCUGCAGAUUAAUCAGGAUCACCCAGACGCCUGGUCACUCAUCGGAAAUCUUCACUUAGCCAAACAGGAAUGGGGGCCGGGUCAGAAGAAGUUUGAGCGCAUCCUCAAACAGCCGUCCACUCAGAACGACACAUACUCCAUGCUGGCACUGGGUAACGUGUGGCUGCAGACUCUGCACCAGCCAACCAGAGACAGAGAAAAGGAAAAGAGACACCAGGAUCGGGCCUUGGCAAUAUAUAAACAAGUCCUGCGAAAUGACGCGAAAAACCUUUAUGCUGCCAAUGGGAUCGGGGCCGUGCUUGCUCAUAAAGGUUAUUUCCGAGAGGCACGUGACGUGUUUGCUCAGGUGAGAGAGGCUACAGCAGAAAUCAGUGACGUCUGGCUAAAUCUGGCUCAUAUUUAUGUGGAGCAGAAGCAGUACAUCAGUGCCGUGCAGAUGUAUGAAAACUGCUUGAAGAAAUUUUACAAAUACCAGAACACAGAGGUGUUGCUGUAUCUUGCAAGAGCUCUCUUCAAAUGUGGGAAACUCCAGGAGUGCAAACAGAUGCUGCUGAAGGCUCGGCAUGUGGCGCCCAGCGACACGGUUCUAAUGUUCAACGUGGCUCUGGUGCUUCAAAGGCUCGCCACCCUCGUGCUAAAAGAUGAGAAGAGCAACUUAAAGGCUGUGCUCAGUGCUGUGAAGGAGCUUGAACUGGCUCACAGAUACUUCAGCUACCUAAGCAAAGCCGGAGACAAGAUGAGGUUUGAUCUCGCCCUUGCAGCAUCUGAGGCCAGGCAGUGUUCUGACCUGCUGAGUCAGGCUCAGUACCAUGUAGCCAGAGCCAGGAAGCAGGAUGAAGAGGAAAAAGAGCUCCGGGCCAAACAGGAGCAAGAGAGGGACCUCCUUCGCCAGCAGAUGUUAAAAGAGCAGGAAGAACGGCAGAAAAGAGAGGCAGAGGAGCAAAAGAAGCUCCUGGAGCAGAGAGCUUUGUUUGUGGAGAAGACCAAGAACUUGCUCACGUUUGUGGAAGGCCCAAAAGAAACGGCCAAAGAGAAGAAGAAAGGAGGUGGUGGUGGCGGCCGCCGCAAGAAAGGUGACGUGGAUGACUUCGUUAAUGACGAUUCAGAUGAGGACCUUCCUAUAAAGAAGAAGAAGAGGAGGAAGAGCAGCGGCAGUGAACAAGAAGAUGGUGAUGGAGGGGAAAAGAAGAAAAAGAAGAGGAGGAGACCCGCAAAAGGAGGAGAUGACAGUGAUGAAAAAGGAGCCUCUCGACCCAAGAAGCAGCGUAAACCCAAAGAAGGAGGGAAGAAGAAAGAAAAGCCACAGCCUGAGCGCAUGCCUCCAUCUCUCAAAGGGAAGAUCAAGUCCAAGGCUAUCAUCUCCUCUUCUGAAUCCUCGUCCGAUGAGGACGGACUGAAAAUAGCUGAAGACCGAAACAGAGACAGUGGCUCAGGAUCUGAGGCCGAGGGUGAUCACCGGAAACGCAUAGCAUCCGACAGCGACUCGGAUGGCGAGAGGAAUCGGUCGGGUAGCGAGGCAGGCAGCCCUCGACGUUCUGUCGGUUCCGAUGAAUCGGGCAGCGACCGUCCUGUAAAGAAGAGGAGAGCGCAGCGGCAGUCUGACUCUGAGCAGUCGGACAACGAGAGCAAGAGGAGCCAGUCGGGAUCAGAGGACGAGUCCAGAGCGCCUUCUGACAGAGGAUCUGAGGCUGGAUCAGAUAACGAAGGCUCCCCACGGCGCUCCGAUAACGGUUCGGAACAGGAGGGGUCCAAUAACGAUGAUAGUGAUUAGGUCACUCAAUGUUAUGCUGAAAAAAACUUGUUAAACAUGGAUUUGAUUUUGUUACUUCCAUUUUGUUUCCUGUGUACUAUUCAUUUCUGGGUGGCGUUUAUUUUAAAGACGCUGUUUAAAUCAAAAGUCAUGGACUAAAAUUGUACCACGAUGCCUCUGGAAAGAAGGUCGAUUCAUGCAAACUGGCCCUAAUUUGACAAGUCAAAGUUUAUGUAUAUAAAACAUUCAAAUGAAAUAAAUCUUUACACCUCC